AUGAAAAUCAAAGCCCUUUCUCGCCCUACGGCGUCGCAGCAGGCCCCCGGGUCCUCGACUGUUCGCCAGUCCCGAAAUCUCGACCCAACCCAGCAUCCUUUUGAGCGGGCCCGUGAAUACACUCGCGCUCUAAAUGCGAUCAAGAUGGAGCGCAUGUUUGCUGCUCCUUUCCUGGCCCAGAUGGGCAACGGUCACGUGGACGGUGUUUACUCUAUGGCAAAGGAUCCCGGUUCGCUCGAGCGCUUGGCUAGUGGCAGUGGCGAUGGUGUCGUGAAGGUGUGGGAUCUGCCGACCCAAGGUGAGGUGUGGCACACUCAAGGCCAUGAAAACAUGGUCAAGGGACUGUGCUGGACACCAGAGCGAAAACUAUUGUCUUGCGCCACCGACAAGACCGUCAAACUCUGGGACCCUUACAACUCGAGCCCCGACGCACCCCCGAUGGCAACAUAUCUGGGUAACAGUGCCUUCACCAGUGUAUCACACCAUCGUGAUCACCCUUCAUUUGCUGCCGCUUCCGGUGUCAUCUCCAUUUAUGAUCUCUCACGGCCUUCCUCGACUCCGUCGCAAACCUUGCACUGGCCGACAAGCGUCGACACCAUCUCGUCUGUUGCAUUCAACCAGACUGAGACGUCUAUUCUUGCUUCGACUGCCAUCGACCGCUCCAUUAUCAUGUAUGACCUGCGGACUUCCUCGCCGGUCCAUAAGACGACGCUGCGUCUGGCCUCUAAUGCCAUUUCUUGGAAUCCUAUGGAAGCAUUCAACUUUGCCGUGGCAAACGAAGAUCACAAUGCCUACAUCUUCGACAUGAGAAAGAUGGAUCGUGCUCUUAACGUUCUGAAGGACCAUGUGGCUGCUGUCAUGGACGUGGAGUUCAGCCCAACUGGUGAAGAGCUGGUCACUGCCUCUUACGACCGAACAAUUCGCUUGUGGAACAGAGCAACUGGUCACUCGCGCGAUAUCUACCACACUCAGCGGAUGCAACGUGUGUUCACCGCAUGCUUCACGUCCGACAGCAAGUACGUCCUGUCUGGAUCAGAUGAUGGUAACGUCCGUCUCUGGCGUGCCAAGGCUUCAGACCGCAGUGGUAUCAAGAGUGCUCGCCAACGUUCCAAGCUGGAAUACGACCAGGCUUUGAUCAAGCGCUACUCACACAUGCCCGAUAUCCGCCGCAUCAAGCGCCAGCGUCAUGUGCCCAAGCCUAUCAAGAAGGCUGGCGAGAUUAAGCGCGAGGAGAUCAAUGCUAUCAAGAGGCGUGAGGAGAAUGUGCGCAAGCACACCAAGAAGAGCAAUCUCGCUCCUAGGAGUCAUGAGCGUGAGAAGAUGAUCCUGGCUCGCGAGCAAUAG